CCCCGCAACCGGGUGUGCGAGUCGCACUCGCACUGCACCACAAUGCUCCUAGUUUACAAAUCGUUCUUUCGAGGACGGUAUAAGAUGAAAUGUCUUGUGCUGUCCACAAGAUCACCCAAGUUCAAGCACUUAACAAUUUUUUCUGAUCCAUUACGAAACCAUCGUGAGGACCGUUUACAAGCCAAAGAAUCGACCUGAACAAGUACAACGAUGACCGUUGUGCAAUCCGUUGAACAUGGGACGAGCCAUGUCCGUGGCGGCUUGAACCUUGACGCGAUUAUCAUCGGUGCCGGUUUUUCCGGCCUUUACCUCCUUCACAAACUACGCGAUGAAUUGAAAUCGAACGUCAAGGUUUUCGAGGCCGAACCUGAUAUCGGCGGCACGUGGCAUGCAAAUCGCUACCCCGGAGCACGAGUUGACUGUCCGGCACCUCAUUACGCCUACUCAUCCAAGAAGAUUUGGCAGAGCUGGACGUGGUCAGAGAGAUAUCCCAGCCAACCCGAGUUAAAAUCGUACUUCGAGCAUGUUGACAGAAUCCUCCACGUUCGCAAUGAUUGCAUUUUCAAUUCUGAAGUCAAUAGCUCUACGUUUGACAAGGUUUCUGGUCGAUGGACUGUCCAGACUGCGGACGGGAAAGUGGCAACAGCAAAGUACCUGCUUGUCGCCGUUGGCUUUGCUUCUAAGCCGUACCUCCCGGACUGGCAGGGGAUUUCUUCCUUCCAGGGUCCGAUUUUUCACUCCGCAAAAUGGCCUGAGGGGGGUGUCGACGUGAAGGGCAAGAAAGUAGCGGUUAUUGGGACCGGCUCAACCGGUAUCCAAAUCACGCAAGAAUGGGCCAAGGAAGCUGAUGAAACAUUCCUGUUUCAACGAACCCCGAACCUCUGUUUGCCUAUGGCACAGCAAAGAUUGGAUGUGCCGAAGCAAGAGAAGAGCAAAUUCAAUUACGAGCACAUGUUCACAUACUGUGUGUCGACCUUUGGGGGGCUGGAGUACGAGCCAACUCCUAGAAAUACGGCAGACGAUUCCCCGGAAGACCGCGAGGCACUUUAUGAGAAGCUUUACAAAGACGGCGGCUUCAAGUUUUGGUUCAACAAUUAUCAGGACCUGCUGUUCGAUGCAACCGCUAACCGAGCGGCAUAUGACUUCUGGGCGAGAAAGACUCGCUCCAGAAUUAGCGACCCCGUAAAGAAGGAUCUUUUAGCCCCCUUGGAGCCUCCCCACCCAUUCGGAGCAAAGAGACCAUCCCUCGAACAAGACUUCUACGAACAAGUUGACAAGCCUAACGUCCACAUCAUCGACACCAAAAGGAAUCCAGUCGUUGAAGUUCGGCCCCAGGGUAUAGUCACUGCAGACGGAAACUUGCAUGAAAUCGAUAUUAUCGCCGUUGCAACAGGAUUUGACGCCUUCACUGGUGGCUUGAAGCGCUUAGGUCUCAAAGGCACCGAUGGAAUUGUUCUCGGUGAGCGCUGGAGGAAUGGUGUGACUACUAAUCUGGGGAUGACCGUCAGUGGAUUCCCAAAUAUGUUCCUUCCGUACAGUCUGCAGGCCCCUACUGCCUUUGCAAAUGGACCAAGGAUUAUUGAGAUGCAAGGAAAUUGGAUUGCGUCUAUCAUUUGCAAAAUGGAGAAUGAGGGAGUAAAGUCCCUGGUCGCGACGAGAGAAGCUGAAAGAGCCUGGAGUGAUGAGGUAAACGCUCUGGCCAACAUGAGUCUUUUGCCACAAGCCAAUUCAUGGUACAUGGGCUCUAACAUUCCCGGCAAACCUGUUCAGUCACUUAACUAUAUCGGAGGGCUUCCCACGUAUGGAGCGAGGUGUGCAAAGGCCAUCGAGCAGGACUUUAGGGGAUUUGUUAAAGAAUGAUUGUGAUGUACAACAUGAGUCAAGAUCAGAUUUUUCCUACCUCAAUUCGAUUUAUAUUUGACCUUGUUAGUCUGUCGACUAUUCUUAGACAAGGAUACUGUAGUUAGGAGAUAUCGAAACCCAGGUACCAAAUCUCGAAACGAA